AUGGCUCCUUGGAAGGCUCCAGCAGGCCAGAAUGCAUCACAGGGUGUAGCGAACCAGGUGGUUGUUGUAGGGAUACAGAAGGAUGCAUUGAAGAGAUCUUCAGCAGUACACCCUACCAACCAGCAGGCAGCAGCCAUAACACACCUCGUACCUCCUUGGUCUCUUCCUCCUCACCCUCCACAGUCCUUCAAUCAUAUGCUGCCCCACCACCAACAAUAUGAUGCAUAUAUGCACCCUACCAGUACUGAUCCCAAGCUGGAGCCAUUAGAUACAAGGGACACUCCAUUGGAGAGUGACGAUGUACCGAUAGAUCCAGCUAUACAGGAACAAGAGUCAACCAUACUGUCCACAGCAUUGCCACAAGACCACAGCACCGAUAUUGAGCAAAUGCCACCUCCACCUGCAAAGUUCAAUCAAUUUACUCCCACAAAGAAAUCACUUGCCACCUCAGCACCCAGCAACAAUCCAUUCAAUGUGUUCACCACUGGUACCAGACUUGAAUCAGUGUCCCCAAUGUUGACCGCAUCUUCACUCACUUUGUUGGAUGCCCUCACAACACCAUUGCAUUUGUCAUCUGUGGCUCCUCAACUGUCAGCAAGCAAUAGACACAUAUCCGCAACUCCUACCAAAUUGAUUGCGAGCACAUGCGCAGCUGUUGUCAUUCCCAAAUGGCUCACUGAUACCAUAAGACAUCUUGAGAACGACAUCAAGUCCCACAAAGAGAAGCUAGAAGAGACCAAAGAUCUUCAAGAACAAACUGCAGAAUUAAACGAGCUUCGUCAGCUGAUUGCAACACUACGUGAUGAUCAGACUCAGCUUGGAGAAGACGUUGACAAAACACACGUAUCUCUUGACUCUGUCUGUUCGAACAUUGAUGUCAUCACCAAGUCAUUGGAAGGUAGUGGGGAACCGUCAAAAGUGAAGGUUGCACAUGCGGCAGGUGAGAAUGUGAAGGAUAAUAUCUGGAAUGCCUGGAUAUUCGAUAUCUGGGUUUGUUUGUUGAGCUGUGCGGAGGAGGUGUUCCUUGCCUUCGAGGUCAUGUUGCUCAUCAUUGUUGGGGCAGAAUUCAUCAUUGUGGUUGCCCUCAGCUGGCAUUCCAAGUUCUUCAUCAGAGUUUACCAGAUCUUCAAGGUUCAGUUGUCCAAGGUGUUCGAAGAUUUUGGCAUCAGGGUCAGAGCUGAAUGCACCUGGGUCAUUGUUGGCAGGAUAGGGCUCAUCCCAUCUUUCAAAAAGAUCAUCAAGCUCAGGAAAAUGAGGCUGUGCUCCAAGUCCGAGGUUAUCAUUAGCAUCCCCCACAUCAUUGUUGCCAUGGUCUGA